AUGCGCCAUUUUGUUCACCUCGAAGAAGAGUUUUCAAGACCACCGUUGAGCGAGAAAAAGGCGGCCAAGCUCUUCGAUGUCUCGUCUAUGCCUGAAAUAGCUAAAUCAGACUCGAGUGGCGGCUCAAAUACUGCCUCUUGCGUAUCAGUUCCUUUGCGGCACGAAGAAGACGCCGAAGACGACUUCCAGCCCAACGAUCCCUUCUACGAUCGGUCACCAUGGUUUAGAGUUAUUGGCCGGUGCUACAUCUACCUUGCAAACCUCUUCUACGGUGUGAGUCAGGAACAUGAUAUUGCCCUGAUUGACCGAAACGGCGAACCUGCCGGCUUCAUCCACGUCCUAGUCGAACCACUACAGGCUGUGACAGGGGCUGGGGAGGAGAAGGAAAAGGGAAGCAAAGAGGAUUCGAAACCAGUGGUUGGAAAAUGUCCUUCCCCACUCUUUUCGCCUAAUGCGGAGGGCUGCCAACGCAGCGGUCAGUCAACUCUGGUAUUCAAGGACGCGGAGUACUUUCGUCAGGUCUGCUCGGAUGGUCGUUGGAACGAUGAGCGCCUGGCGUUUGGCUCACCCGGUCCUUUACCAACGCGAAUGCAAACGCCACUAACGGUCAUGCCAGAAAGAGGCGAUACCCUAGUGGAGGAGGAGGAUGAUGAUGAACGCAACACGCCCAGGGUCCAGCACGGACGUUUCUUUCCAGCUGACAGCACCACAAGUGACACGGAGCCCGUGUUCGAUAAAUACCAGUAUGAUGCACCCUGGCUGACAGCUGACGACCUACCAAGCCAUCUGCGUCUCGGCUGCCAGUUCCAGUUUCGCGUGACCAUCCUCGAGGUCCAUGGCAUUUGCAAUGUAUUUGAUGACAUCUUCUGUCAGUUUUUCUUCGAAAACAAGCGGGCGGAGGUCUAUUCCACGGAUCCACUUCCCAACAGACAACCCACUUCUAGAAUUGAAUUCUGCCAAGUGCAGUCGGUAAGUUCCCUAACUGGUUCGAAAUACACCAAAUGGGCCUUCAUUCACGGCAUUCUGCUCCAUCAGUCCGAUCUCCUCGUGUGGUUUGAAAUCCUGGAACUCAGUGACGCGGGCGAGUAA